GAUGACGCAACAACUCAUAGGCCCGCCCCCUCCCCGGGGGGCUCAGAGCAUCUGCAGCACCGCCCGGCGGCCGCUCUCAUUGGCUAAGGACAGGACUUUACGGUGGCGGCGGGAGAUUUCCCCUAAACUCACGUUCGGGCUGCCAUGGAGCGGCUCGCGACCGUUCGCGCGCGGCUACAGGAGUGGGAACGCGCUUUUGCACGGCUGCACGGGCGACGGCCAGCGAAGGGGGAUGUGGAGGCGGCACCUGAAGAGACCCGCGCGCUCUACCGUGAGUACCGUAACCUAAAGCAGGCGGUGCGUCAGGCUGACGACAGACAUCGUGUCCUAGAGCAAUCACUUGCCGAGGCAGCUGAGGAGGCACAGGAGCCAAGCUGCUGGGGUCCCCACCUGAGUCGAGCUGCAACGCAGAAUACGCAGUCUAUGCCAAAACAGAGCCUACUGAGUUCUGUACAAGACUAUGGGAAGAGGCUCAAAGCCAAUCUGAAAAACACAACACAGACUGGACCAACCCAGAGCAGAAAACUCCAGCUUCAGAAGAGAUCCUUGUCCACAGUUCCUGCCCCAAGGCCACCAGGCUCAAAGACUGAAUCCCCCUGUCCAGACGAAGCUGACGAUGCACUUCCUCGGGUUCCUGAGCCCCGGCCGAGGCUGGGCCAGCUCCAGCAGCUCCGAUCAUCCCUCAGCCGGAGGUUGACUUCCCUAGACCCUGGUUGGUUAGAGAGGUGUCACAACAGAGUUUCAGAUCUUCUAGAGGUUCCGGGUGCUUGUGGGCUUGACCUGAGUGCAGAGGAGUCACAGCCUCAGAUGUCAGGCAAGGUGAACAUCGCUGAUCCUGACAUCCAGUCAGAAGUAUCUGUACAGAGCCCAGAGGCCAUAGCCCAACAGCCAGCCCAGGUUUUGUCACAGAGCCCCAAAUCCAUCAACAGUAAAGGCAGGAAGCGGAAGUGGAAUGAGAAGGGGGAGGACUUUGCACAAGACCAGCCCAGCAGCGGAGCAGGACCCCUGUCUGAGGGAGCCAGGGCUACAGUACAUGGGCAAGACCCUCCAGGAGAACCCACACAAGUGAAUGUCCCUCAGCCAUGCAAUUCCUCAAACCAGGCCAGGACAGAGAAGGCUAAGGGCACAACCCACCUCCAUGCCUCUCCUCGACCAGCUUCCCUAGACAGAGGGAACUAUAUUCGACUCAACAUGAAAAACAAACGCUUUGUACGAGUUGGGGCCAAUCGGGGCAGGCUUCUCCGUAAGCAGGUAUGGAAGCAAAAGUGGAAGAAGAAACAAGCUGCGUUUGGGGGAAGUGGACCCAGGGCCACAGACAAGGACACUUGUUUCCGGUGUGGGCAGUUUGGUCACUGGGCAUCCCAGUGUUCCCAACCAGGCCCCACCCUGACCGUCCAAGAGGAAGGUGACAGGGAUGACAAACAGCCCAUUUCCACCUUGGAAGAAGUAGCACAGAGGACAGGCACUGCUUCCUGUCACCACUCUGCAGGUGAGGAAACACAGCCUGCUGCGCCAGAGCUACAGGUGCCUCAUUGCCCCACCCCAAUGUCACCCCUCUACCCACCGGGACCUUUGGGACAAGUAGCAGAAACCCCUGCUGAAGUAUUCCAGGCCCUAGAGCGGCUAGGGUACCGAGCCUUCCGCCCUGGGCAAGAGCGUGCAAUCAUGCGGAUUCUUUCUGGCAUCUCUACUCUGUUAGUGUUGCCCACGGGUGCUGGAAAGUCUCUGUGCUACCAGCUUCCUGCACUGCUCUAUGCCCAGCGAAGCCCCUGCCUCACACUCGUGGUCUCGCCUCUCCUGUCACUCAUGGAUGACCAGGUGUCCGAUCUGCCUUCAUGUCUGAAGGCAGCCUGCCUCCACUCAGGAAUGACCAAGAAACAACGAGAGUCUGUCUUGAAGAAGGUACGGGCAGCCCAGGUGCACGUGCUGAUCGUGUCCCCAGAGGCCUUGGUGGGGUGCGGGGCUAGGGGUCCCGGCAGCCUCCCCCAGGCCGCUCAGCUGCCUCCAAUUGCCUUCGCCUGCAUUGAUGAGGUCCACUGCCUCUCUCAGUGGUCACAUAACUUCCGGCCCUGCUACCUACGUGUUUGCAAAGUUCUCCGGGAGCAUAUGGGGGUGCGCUGCUUCUUGGGUCUCACAGCCACAGCCACACGAAGCACUGCUCGAGAUGUGGCUCAGCACCUUGGCAUAGCUGGCGAGUUUGAGCUCAGCGGGUCAGCCAACAUCCCUGCCAAUCUGCACCUCUCCGUGUCCAUGGAUAGAGACUCAGACCAGGCUCUGGUGACAUUGCUGCAAGGGGACCGUUUUCGUACCCUGGAUUCAGUUAUCAUUUACUGCACUCGGCGAAAGGAUACAGAACGGGUGGCUGCACUCCUCCGCACCUGCCUGUCCAUGGUGGGCGACUCAAGGCCAAGAGGCUGUGGCCCCGAGGCUAUAGCUGAAGCCUACCAUGCUGGCAUGAGCAGCCAGGAACGGCGACGAGUACAACAGGCCUUCAUGCGGGGCCACCUGCGCAUGGUAGUGGCCACGGUAGCAUUUGGGAUGGGACUGGACCGUCCAGAUGUUCGGGCUGUGCUGCACCUGGGACUGCCUCCAAGCUUCGAGAGCUACGUGCAAGCUAUCGGCCGUGCAGGGCGUGAUGGGAAGCCUGCCCAUUGCCACCUAUUCAUGCACCCCCAGGUCGGCAGCCCCAUCUCCCCAGACCAGGACAGACCCAGGGGUUCCACUAUUCCUAGGCCACUUCAGCCCCAGCUGCUAUCUUGUCUUCCUGUAAGCUGCCGCCCUGGGCCUAAGUGUGGUAGUUCUGUGCAUAUGACUGUCCCAAUGCAGGGUGAAGACCUUUGGGAACUGCGCAGACAUGCCCACGCUGACAGCACUGACUUCCUAGCUGUGAAGAGGCUGGUGCAGCGUGUGUUCCCACCCUGCACCUGCAGCCAGAGACCUGUUUCCAAGUCCUCACCUGAGGAAGUCAAAGAGCACAGUGGCCAACAAACAUACCCUGUACUGGGCCAGGCCUGCCUGGGCCAUGAGCGGGCACUCCCAGUGCAGUCUACAGUACAGGCUCUGGACAUGACAGAGGAGGCUAUUGAGACUCUGCUGUGCUAUUUGGAACUACACCCUCGGCACUGGUUGGAGCUGCUGCCCUGGACCUACGCCCAGUGCCAUCUGCAUUGCCUUGGCGGCAGUGCCCAGCUGCAAGCUCUGGCCCACAGGUGUCCCCCUUUGGCUGCAUGCCAGGCCAAGUGGCCACCUAAAGACACAAGUCAGGGCAGGAGCUCCUUAGAGUUUGGUGUGGUGGAACUGGCAGACUCGAUGGGCUGGAAGUUGGCCUCUGUACGGCAGGCUCUCCACCAGCUGAAGUGGGACCCAGAGCCAAAGAAAGGCGCAGCACAGGGCACCGGAGUGCUUGUGAAGUUCAGCGAGUUGGCCUUUCACCUGCACAGUCGCGGGGACCUGACAGAUGAGGAAAAGGACCAGAUCUGUGACUUUCUGUACAACCGUGUGCAGGCUCGUGAACACAAGGCCCUGGCCCACCUACACCAAAUGUCCAAGGCCUUUCGAAGUGUGGCCUUUCCCAGUUGUGGACCCUGUUUAGAGCAGUCUAAUGAGGAGCACAGCAAUCAGGUGAAGACCCUGGUCAGCUACUACUUUGAGGAAGAGGAGGAGGAGGAAGAAACUAUGACGGACACUCAGGGUCCAAAACCUGGGCAGACUCAGCUUCAGGACUGGGAGGACCAAAUACGCCGGGAUGUCCGCCAGCUCCUGUCCCUGAGGCCAGAAGAAAGGUUUUCAGGAAGGGCUGUGGCCCGCAUCUUCCAUGGCAUUGCGAGUCCAUGCUACCCAGCCCAGGUGUAUGGGCUGGACCGGCGCUUCUGGAGGAAGUACCUACACCUGGACUUUCAUGCCCUGAUGCACCUAGCUACAGAAGAGCUCCUGCUGAGAGGCCGAUGACCACCUUACAUGGGAGGGUGCCACAUGAUUGAGGCAUGAGGCAAGCCAGACUGUGGCCACUACUCCGAGGGUGUCAGGCUCACCAAGGCCAUGAUGUGGCCAUCACUGACUGUCAGGCAAAACCUUCUGGCUGCAGGAAGGGGAUAAGAAGAUCCAAACUGCAGAAUAAAAAGCAUUCAGUAAUUUUA